GUGCCCAUUGUAAAUACUCAAGUUGGUCAAGGCAAAGCAUUAAAUAAGAUUCAAUGGGAUAAAGAAGGAAGAAAAACUGCAAUUGGAUCUUCUGAUGGGCGUGUUCAUAUUUAUGACAUAGGCGAGUUGUGUAUUCCGAGAGAGAAUGAAUAUACCCUUUUGCAAAAAUCUGUUUCCGAAUUAAUUAAUGUCACGGAAAGUCAUA